CACGAACUCCGCGGUUUUGUUCCCGGACAUUUACUUUUUAUACAUUUUUCUUGGAAACUAAAGCAGACUUGAAGGAGUUGCAGUGACAACUGCGGGGAGAAGCACGAGAUUCGGCAUCGUCAGACCAUCUUCUCGUAGCCCCACACUAAGUACUCGACAUGUACCGGCUCUUAAGAAUCCGGGGUGCACCGCACUGGCCGUCAACGAAUCUCCAAACCUGUGUCACUUGUAAUCUCCGACGACAAGUCGCAUUGUUACCUCUAAAUAACUUUCAACGAAGAUGUAACUCGUCUAUGAUAAACAAUCACACAUUGAGUGCCAAGGGGAGAAGGAAGCUGAAAAAAAUUACCAAAAAGUAUGCCGAACUCCUUGAAGUCACAGAGUCUACUUCAAAUAAUAGAAAAGCUUCUGUACAAAAACUCAACUCACAACAACUGUCCCUAUUUGUUAAUCAGCCUGACAUAACUUUGGAUAAGUUGCAUACGAUGAGUAAUAAACGCAAUGUCGGAGCAUUACCUAAAACUCAUAGUUCAGAAACUACAGCUAUGAACCAAAGGCCUGACAUUUCUGAUACAAGUUUUUCUGAAUUUUCUAAAGUUUUUAAUAUCAAUGUAAUUCACCAAGACGAUGCAGAACUUUUUAUUGAAGAUUUAAAAGCAUCUGGCAUCACGGAUGAAUCUGUGAUAAUUAAAAGUGCUUCUUUAGUAGAUAAUUCCUUCAAGUCUGAUGCAGAUGCAAAUUUACAAAGUACCGUGGAAGAAGAAAUAAGCAUAGAACCAAAUCACCCCGAAGAAACCACUAGUGACAAAGAACAGAAAGCCAAAGAAGCUUUAAUUUAUCAAGAAAAAAUGAAACAGUUCAAUAAAGCCGUGUUAAGUUAUGUUAAUGUUUGUGUGAAUAGCGAUGUACCUUUUUCUCAAGAUGAUUUAUUUAAAUGGAAGAAAAAUAUAAAGUAUCCUGAGAAGGUUCAUCUCAAUGAUGUAUCUGUUUUUAACGCUUACAUGGAAAAACUCGCUUUGAAAGGAAAUUUGAGAAACAUACUAAAAAUUUUAGAAGAAUUAAGAAGCAUAGGUAUUGACCUUAAUGUCCAGACCUACACAUAUGUUUUUGAUUGCGUUGGACGGAUGAAAGGAAAUGUUGAUAAAAAAUUAGAAAUACUAAAAAAAAUUGAAUUGGAAAUGCGCAACGACAAUGUCACUUUGAACGAUAUAGUUACGAAAUCUAUAUUUUUACGGGAUCAGAGAAAAUAUGUCGAAAAUACGGUAAAACUACUGAAUAAGGAUUUCCAACCAGUCUAUGAUGACAUAUUAGAUACAACAUAUGAUUGUAGAAUAUUAGAAAAAUUGUCAGAAGAUUCUGCUACACCAUCCAGUACUGUUGGAAAACUGUUGAGUCUAAGUGAUCUGGAAACUCGAUUACACAAACAAAUAAAAACAGAAAUGGAAGGCCAUGUUACAGUUAAAAAUAUUUCCAAAAAAAAUUCAUCAGUAAAAAAUGAUGCUUUUUGGAAAAAAAGAUUGGCGCAAUUGGAAAAAAACUGGGAAAAACAAGCUCUGCUUGCAUUUAAAAGAAAUCUGCGGUCCUUAAAGUGCGAAGAAAAGUUUACUAGUAGGUCGAGAAAAAUACUUUUACAUCCGUAUUUAUCUCUAUCAAAACCGGAUGACUAUAUCAGUAUUUUAAUGAGAGAAGUAAAAAAAAUAGGAAUGGGUUCAGAAACGUUUAGUCUCCCAUACAACUCGUUGUGUCAAAAUCUGGGAGCUCAGGUGCAUAAAAUGUAUGAGGCUAAAAUAAAGAAAUCCAAUGGAGUGAUUGAUAAAACGAUUGAAGUGUACUCACAGUAUUGUGAUUGGUUUUUGAAACGAGAUGAUAAACUCAACAGCCGUACCAAAUGGACGUUACUGGAACGCGAAGCGAAUAAACAUGGAGUAACGUUAAAUUUCGAAAUACCUGUUUGGCAAUACAACAUAAACUAUAACAUUGGAAAAUUUUUGUAUAAUAUCAUAACAAAUGAUCUAACAAUAGAUUUAAGACCCAAUAAGAUGGAUAGAGGACGAAAAAUUAAUGCAAUUUCAAAAACUCUCAGGCAGUAUGGUGUAAAACGCGUCUUUGCGAUCAAGCCACAUCCCGAACUUGUAAAAAUUUACCAAAACUCAAACCCAGAGACAUUAACUUUUGAUACUACCCUUGCACCAUCAAUAUGUCCUCCACGUCCGUGGAGGUCUAUAUAUAAUGGGGGAUACCUCGUGACAAGAACCGAUAUUGUUAGAGUAUCUUACAUGGGCAAUCAACAGUGGGACAGAUUAGUCAAUGCACCACCUCGAAAAUUGUAUCCAGCUCUUGAUAGCUUGAAUCAGUUAGGAUCCAUACCGUGGGCUGUCAAUACAGAGGUUCUCGAUGUAGCUAUCAAAGUUUUUCAAGAUAACGGCUCCGUUGAAUUGAACAUACCUCAACCGCCUUGGGUGCUGGCUUUUGUUCCGCCCCCGUCUAAAGAUGCCAGUAAUGAAGAAAAGAAACGAAUUUUCAAUGAAAGGAAGGAACUGGAUAGAAAAAAACGUGAUAUGUAUUCUUUGUGGUGUGAUGCUCUGUACAGAUUGUCCUUAGCAAAUCAUUACAGAGAUGAAAUAUUUUGGUUACCCCACAAUAUGGAUUUUCGCGGGCGCGUAUACCCAAUACCACCGCACCUAAAUCACUUGGGUUCAGAUAUGGCUAGAUCAAUGCUUGAAUUUGCUUUGAAAAAGCCACUGGGACCUAAAGGCCUUGAUUGGUUGAAGCUACACUGCAUCAAUUUGACCGGUUUUAAAAAGAAAGAAUCGCUUAGAGAACGACUAAUUUUUGCCAACGAAAACAUAGACAAAAUUCUUGACAGUGCUGAAAAUCCUUUGACAGGUCAAAAAUGGUGGGCCACGUCGGAUGAGCCAUGGCAAACUCUGGCUGCAUGCAUGGAAAUAGCAGCAGCACUAAAAUCACCAAACCCGGAAAAAUUUAUGUCAGGAUUUCCAAUUCAUCAGGAUGGUAGCUGCAACGGUCUUCAGCAUUAUGCAGCUCUAGGUAGAGAUCAAAUAGGUGCCGAAAGUGUAAACUUACACCCUUGCGACACUCCCCAAGAUGUAUACAGCAGUGUUGCUGCAAUGGUCGAUGAAAGACGACAGGAGGAUGCCAAGAAUCCAUCCUGUCCGUACAACGAGACUGCCAAUGUCUUGGAAGGCUUCAUUAAAAGAAAAGUAAUCAAGCAGACAGUUAUGACAACUGUUUACGGGGUCACGAGGUAUGGUGCAAGAUUACAAAUAGCCCGUCAGUUGAAGGACAUGGAUGAUUUUCCGGAUAAGCACGUGUGGAAGGCUUCUAUGUAUCUGGUAACCAAAACAUUCCAAACUUUGAGGACAAUGUUUAAAAGUGCGCGAGAAAUCCAGGACUGGCUGACAGAGUGCGCCGGCCUCGUUUGCAGUAUACGUGGUGAAAACAUGGAGUGGAUAACGCCACUGGGGCUGCCGGUAGUGCAGCCUUACAGCAAGAUAAGUUCUAUGUCGCAAAAGGGUAAAAGUACCUAUCCAAUAUUCACUCCGGAUAUUUACAGGAGGCCAAACGCACUGAAGCAGAAAAACGCCUUUGCGCCAAACUAUAUCCACUCUUUAGACUCCAGUCACAUGAUGCUGACCAGCAUACACAUUGAACAUGCUGGUUUGACGUUUGUGUCUGUUCACGACUGUUAUUGGACCCACCCCUGUACCGUCGAAGUUAUGAAUAAGAUAUGUCGGGAACAGUUCGUUGCGUUACAUUCAGAGCCGAUUCUCGACGAUCUUUCAAAGUUCCUCGCUGAAAAGUUUGGGUAUCCCGAAGUUGAACUCAAUGAAAACGACGGGGACAAAGGGACAAAAGAUAAAAGUCUUGUAUUUGUGCGAAAAAAGAUGAAUACUACUUUGAAAAAAGUACCUAAUCAAGGAGCUUUUGAUCUUAAUGGAGUUUUAUCUUCAACUUACUUUUUCAGUUGAUUUUGAUCAACAUAAAAAAUGUAAAAUGGUGAACAAUUGAUAAACUCUUCAAAUACUUAGCUUGUGAUUAUUACACAUCUCAAAGCUUGAUCAUUAGUUAUUAGGUUUUUACUGUACAUCACGAAUUUGCGAUUAGAUUGCCCAAAUGAAAAUUGUUUUAUACAGUUGGGUUUUU